AUGAUCGCCAACCCUUUCUCCGACCACCUCUACCGGAUCGAUAGCGACGAGCAUAUCGACAACGGCAAGUCGCUCGCCUUCCCGGAUCUUUUCCCAGUCCCACACAUGGAGAAACUCCAACCUAUGUCAACAUCCUCCACCGUAUCUUCUACUGAGGUAUCUCCCGCCAGCACCGCACCAAGCACACCACCUCUGCCCUACCCACCCCUCAAAUGGACCGCUAGCACCCUCAAUUACCUCCUCACUGCACUCUACCCCGCGCAGAUGUACUCAGGCAGCAUGGUGCUCGAAUCCUACCCUACGAAGCCCCAGGAACGGUUUUCGCCUGUCAGAUUGGAGUUGUAUAUGCGUAUCAAGUGCACCCAUGUCCCCGCAUGGGCGUAUGCUGCCAGCGCACCCAUCGGCACAGGCCGUCCUGCUUCUAAAUUGCUCGUCGCGCAGGCUAGUGGGGAAACGGAGGCGCAAGCAAGAAGAGCGCUUGCGAAGGAAGUCGUUGGUCUGGCGAAGGAGAAUGGGAUGCUGGAAUACUUCAAGGCUUACUACCGCAUCCGAGCUGAGCUGUACACGCUCGACGAUCUGGCUUUGCGCUCCUUGAGACGUGGAAUUGAAGGCAUGAAGCGGGUUUCGGACUGGGAGUGGAUAGGGAGGCUUGCGCAGCUCAGAUUUGCGGGUGUAGAUGAGGCAUGGGGCUUUGAGGCGAGGUUCGAGGUUUUCUUGCUGGGGGGUGGAUACUGGGAGGUGGAGAGGUGGGGGGUUGAUGUAGAUAUUGCGUUGGUUCUGACACCAGGGGAUAGGACGGUUCGGACGCAGACCCACGGUGGGGUUGUGUGGUUUCUGGAGAUGGUCGUUGCUGAUUUGGCUUUGUGUUAG